UCUCUCUCUGUCUCUCUGACACACACACUAUAUUCUAUCGAUCCAUCGUCCAUUCCUUCCUGCUACAUGUGAGUAAAGACUAAAGGUUGGCUUUCUGUAGUUGCCCCCACGUUCUUUGCAUAUUUUGUGGGCACAUACACCUCCAUUUGCAAGAAAAAAGAAAGAUACUUUCUUGAAAGAACACCAUUAGAAUGCAAAGUUUGCAACUUGUAAGGAACCAAAGUGCCAAAAAAUCUUCAUUUUGAAAGACAUGCAAGAGCUUUUUUCUUCUGUGUCUUCUUUGCUGUCUUUUUGGUGAUCUGGGAAUGGUGCAUUUGCGCAUUAAUGUUGAAAAAAAGAAGAGAUAGUUUUGGAGUCAACUGGCUUAGUUGAUCUAAUUUUCGUUCAAGUUUUGAGGGGUUUUUAAUCUGGGUUUUGCUCGUUGUGGAGCUUUGAGAACUGGGUUUUUGUAAAUUUAGGUUGUUUGAGCUUUGUCUGGGAUUUAGAGGAUCUGGGUCUUCCCUGUGAACAAGAUAAAGUGAAUUACUUUUGCAUGAAUUUUUGAAGUUGGUUUUGUACGUUCUUAUCAUAUGUUGAAGAAUUUUGGCAUUUGGUAGUGGAAGAGUUGACAAAGCUCGAGUCUUUUGUAUAGUUGGAGUAUUGUAUCUGACAAAUGAUGUAGUGUUGAUGUUUGUGUAAUAAGCAAUUUAAGAUUUAGGUUUUAGUUACCGACUUUCCUAAAAUUGGAAAUGGCUUCGUAAGAAAUUUAGACAUCUUGUUCUUGUUAGAUACAAACAUGGCUUCCUUAACACCUUCACCAGAUUCUUCCCCCUCUUUAAUACCAAUCUCUAUUUCACCACCAUCACCACCAGAUUCUACAACCAAUUCACCACCUCCUUCGACAUCUCAGCCUGAUCAGACCACUGACCCUCCAGUGCCUUCAACACCAUCUAACCCUGCAACCCCACCACCAACCCCACCACCAACCCCACCUGCUGCUUCCCCACCAGCUCAACCACUAUCACCACCACCAUCACCAAUAAUUCCCUCAACACCAUCUGCCCCACCACCAUCACCCCCGGCAUCCCCACCACAAGCCCCUCCAGCAUUAACACCUCCCUCACCACCUGCUGCGCCUCCCCCUGCUUCUACUACUUCACCGCCCCCUCCGAAUGAAUCCCCUCCACCACCAGUAAGCACCUCCCCUCCUCCACAAGCCUCUCCAACACCCCCACCUCCCCUUCAAGCUGUUUCACCUUCUCCACCUCCUCCUGCAAAUGUCCCGAUACCCCCUUCUACAAAUUCGCCUCCUCCGCCAACAGCAAAGUCCCCUGAAACCCCCCCUGCACCUCCUACAGUCACUACUCCAGCACCUAGUUCUCAAUCUGAUAGUCCUCCUCCAAAAACAAAUUCUCCUCCUCCUCCAAUACCCACAUUGCCUUCACCACCUCCAUCAGUUCCAUCAACCUCAUCAACACCUCCGUCAAUAUCUCCUCCUGCUCCUCCAGUUAAUUCAUCAGCAACAGGAAGUCCUACCUCACCCAUUCCCUCUAUCCCAACAGAGAAACCAACUGCUAGAGCAACUAAUGACACCAAUGUCUCUGCGAAUACCUCAUCCAGCGGUCCAGGGGGUUCAAACACUGGAGGUGCAGUUGCAAUAGGCAUUGUGGUUGGGUUUGUAGCACUCAGUCUUCUAGUGAUGGCUGUGUGGUUUGCACAAAAGCGAAAGAGAAGAAAAGGAGAAAAUAUUGGUUACACUAUGCCUUCUCCAUUUGCCUCCUCACAAAAUUCAGAUUCACUAUUUCUAAAACCUUAUCCUCCAGCUCCCUUGGUUGGCAGUCCUUCUGGCAGUGAUUUCAUCUAUUCACCAUCAGAGUCAGGUGUGAUAAAUAAUUCAAGGUCAUGGUUCACAUAUGAAGAACUUGUCCAAGCCACAAAUGGGUUUUCAGCACAGAAUCGUCUAGGCGAAGGUGGAUUUGGUUGUGUAUACAAAGGUGUCCUGGUUGAUGGAAGAGAAGUAGCUGUGAAACAAUUAAAGAUUGGUGGUUCUCAAGGGGAGCGUGAAUUCAGAGCAGAGGUUGAGAUUAUUAGUCGAGUGCAUCAUCGACAUUUGGUUUCACUGGUGGGUUACUGUAUAUCCGAGCAUCAAAGACUGCUUGUCUAUGACUACCUUCCCAACGAUACUCUUUAUUACCAUUUGCACGGUGAAGGCAGGCCGCAUAUGGAUUGGGCAACAAGGGUCAAGGUUGCUGUUGGUGCAGCUCGUGGCAUAGCUUAUCUGCAUGAGGAUUGCCAUCCACGAAUUAUUCACAGGGAUAUCAAGUCAUCUAACAUCCUUCUUGAUGACAAUUUUGAAGCUCAGGUUUCAGAUUUUGGGCUUGCUAAGAUAGCUCUGGAACUGGAUUCAAAUACACAUGUAUCCACACGUGUGAUGGGAACCUUUGGGUACAUGGCUCCAGAGUAUGCAACAAGUGGAAAGUUGACUGAAAAAUCUGAUGUUUAUUCAUUUGGGGUUGUGCUUUUGGAGCUAAUUACAAGCCGUAAGCCUGUGGAUGCUUCUCAGCCAAUAGGUGAUGAAAGCCUCGUUGAAUGGGCUCGACCAUUGCUCACAACUGCGCUUGAAAAUGAAGACUUUGAAGCAUUGGUUGAUCCAGAGCUGGAGAAGAACUAUGUUCCAAGUGAAAUGUUUCGGAUGAUUGAGGCAGCUGCAGCUUGUGUGCGUCAUUCAGCUGCAAAAAGGCCACGAAUGAGUCAGGUGGUGAGAGCCUUGGACUUGUUAGAUGAGUCAUCGGAUCUAUCUAACGGAAUGAAACCUGGCCAAAGUGAAAUAUUUGAUUCAAGACAACACUCUGCACAAAUCAGAAUGUUUCAGAGGUUGGCAUUUGGUAACCAAGACUAUAGUUCAGGUUUUUUCGAUCGCACUCAGAGUAGCUGGAGGAGUAGAGAUCCUGGGGAUUAACGUUUAGUCCUCAGAUGCAUAAAAGUUCCUAAAUUUCCAAUCUAUAACAUGGAAUUUGUUGUAGCUGAUUUAAAGAGUGACGGUGCUCAUUGGUUGGAUUUUGAGACCCUUGAUUGAGAUCCUAUCCAAUCUCAGCAAGAAUUGCCACUGCCAAUUCAUGUACAUUCUCUUCCAUUCACUUGUACUGCUAUCAUUGUCAGCUAACACGAUUUCACGUGUAUGGCUGCCGCAUUUUGUAUCCUCAGAGUCCAUAUUUGUAUUCAUAUAUAUUAUAGCAAUGAAAAUCCCCUAUCCACUUAUUCCUGCUGA